GCUGGGAGAAGGUUCUGCCCUCCUUCAUCCAGACAGCAGAUCCCAUCCUAGGUCCUUAGAGAAAAGUGCUUGGAGGGCUUUCAAGGAGUCACAGUGUCAUCACAUGCUCAAACAUCUGCACAAUGGCGCGCGGAUCACUGUGCAGAUGCCGCCUACAAUCGAGGGCCACUGGGUCUCUGCUGGCUGUGAAGUAAGGUCAGGCCCAGAGUUCAUCACAAGGUCCUACAGAUUCUACCACAAUAACACCUUCAAGGCCUACCAGUUUUAUUAUGGCAGCAACCGGUGCACAAAUCCCACCUACACACUCCUCGUCCGGGGCAAGAUUCGCCUUCGCCAAGCCUCCUGGAUCAUCCGAGGGGGCACUGAAGCCGACUAUCAGCUGCACAACGUCCAGGUUAUCUGCCACACCGAAGUGGUGGCCGAGAGGCUCAGCCAGCUGGUGAACCGCACGUGCCCGGGCUUCCUCGCAGCUGGAAGCCCCUGGGUGCAGGAUGUGGCCUAUGACCUCUGGCGGGAGGAGAACGGCUGUGAGUGCACCAAAGCCGUGAACUUUGCCAUGCACGAGCUCCAGCUCAUCCGGGUAGAGAAGCAGUAUCUUCACCACAACCUAGACCACCUGGUCGAGGAGCUCUUCCUCGGUGACAUUCACACCGACGCCACCCAGAGAAUGUUCUACCGGCCGUCCAGUUACCAGCCACCUCUGCAAAAUGCCAAGAACCACGACCAUGCCUGCAUCGCCUGUCGGAUCAUCUACCGGUCAGAUGAGCACCACCCUCCCAUCCUGCCCCCAAAGGCUGACCUGACCAUCGGCCUGCACGGGGAGUGGGUGAGCCAGCGCUGUGAGGUGCGCCCUGAAGUCCUCUUCCUCACCCGCCACUUCAUCUUCCAUGACAACAACAACACCUGGGAGGGGCACUACUACCACUAUUCGGACCCCGUGUGCAAGCACCCCACCUUCUCCAUCUACGCCCGGGGCCGCUACAGUCGUGGUGUUUUGUCCUCCCGGGUCAUGGGAGGCACAGAGUUUGUGUUCAAAGUGAAUCACAUGAAGGUCACCCCCAUGGAUGCGGCCACAGCCUCGCUUCUCAAUGUUUUCAAUGGGAAUGAGUGUGGGGCUGAGGGCUCCUGGCAGGUGGGCAUCCAGCAGGAUGUGACGCACACCAAUGGCUGUGUGGCCCUGGGAAUCAAACUACCUCACACAGAAUAUGAGAUCUUCAAAAUGGAGCAGGAUGCCCGGGGGCGCUACCUGCUAUUCAACGGCCAGAGGCCCAGCGAUGGGUCCAGCCCAGACAGGCCGGAGAAGCGAGCCACAUCCUACCAGAUGCCCUUGGUCCAGUGUGCCUCCUCUUCGCCCAGGGCUGAAGACCUUGUAGAAGACAGCGGAAGCACCCUGUUUGGCCGGGCCCCUGGGAGGAGUGCCCAGGCCCUACUGCUUGCUGCGCUCGCCAGCCUGUUGACUCUACCGCAGUGGGACAUCCUCAGAUAGAAGUUGUUAGAAAGUUAUAUUUUUCCAAACCAAGAUUCCUUUACCAUUUACAGAUGUUCUUUACCAAAAGAAAGGACACUUAUUCUUUCGAUGCACUUGAAUGCCUGAGAACCGUCGUUCCUUUUCUCCUCUGUCUUCCUCCCAGCUCCCGAGUCAUGAGCAGUGAGCGUUUGAAGUUUCUGCUUUGAACUCCGUCCAGCCUGAUCCCUGGCCUGAGCAACUUCGCAAGAGCAAUUGCACUUUAACACAGCAGAGGUUCAGGCUAGUGUGUUUGGUAGCAGGGAUGAGAGCUAGGACCGCUUAUUUUUUUCCUCUUAAUUAUUAUUGUGUUUCUGAGUUGAACUUAGAAGAAACAGGUAUCAAGCUACAAGUUUUCCUGCCAUUUUACUGUGGUUGCAUCCUGUCCUUUUUUGAAAGUGUUUGACUCUCUGAGUUUUAUAUGCUGGAACCCAGCGCAGAGUUGGUGUAGGGCUGUGAUCAAGACACCUUUUGCUGAGAUGCGGAUGUAGAUAUGUACAUACAAGAAGACACGGGGUCUCAUAGAACCGCCUUCACAGCCUUUGGGCAAAAAAGGAGAGAAGCCGAGCUUUCAUUUCAGAAAUGUUGAAUGGAAAAGUGUCUGCGAUUAAAGUUUCUGAGUAAUUUAAGCAAUUUUUUUUUACAUCAGUUGUUUCACCUUGUUGAGAGGGAGACGUAUGUUGCAUGCUGGUUUCUGCCGGCUGCAGGAGGCACGCCGCCUCCUUGCUCUUAGUAGACAGGGUGAUUGGGAAGAGAGCAAAAGCAGUCCCACUACCAGACACACAGGGGCAGCGGCGCACAGCGGGAAGCAGUGUGCUAAAUGCCACAAGAAUGAUAAGUGCCUGUUCCUUGCACUUUUCCUUUUCGUGGGGGACCCAACCCAAGACUUGGGUCACACUGUCUGUUUGGGAGCAGGUAGAGGGAGCUGCACUCUAGCAUCCCUGUCACCUCCAAAGACCAGCAGGCAGAGCCAGAGCUUUGGCAUGGCGGCUGGCUGCUCAGAGGGAGGGUGGCAGGAUCAUCCAUCUCAGGAACUUGCUCCAUCAGUUUUUGAGGUGGCAUGCCGCUGAGGCAUUGUGUUGUCAUCUUAUUGGAUAUACCUCAGUGUCUUUUCUGUCCCUGACAUGGCUCUGCUUUCAGUGAGUCUCAGGGCACCCUCUGCAGUCUGCUUCUAUCUUGCAGAAGUGGCAGAAGGGCACAUGUGCCCAUGUCUGCUCAUUCUUUCGGGGUGUGAUGGAUGGUGCUGUCUAACACCAAGUGCUGUUGUUGUUACAGACUGAUGAAGAGAAACAGGGAGGAACCUAAAGCCUAGAUGGAACUAACCAUGACUAAGAUCAAGAGUCAUCCUUGUAGUUAAGAAUUAACUUUAUGAAAUGCUGUAGCAUUCAGUGUGGUGUUAAAUUAUAACGAUGGCAUGGAGUACCAAAGUGCUUUAUAUUUAGAUUCUAUUUUGUGGUGCAUACCGAGGGGGCUUAUUCAAAACGAAAAUACUAACUUAAUGUCUGCUAAGUUUAAUAAACAAAGAUGUCAAAAAUACUCUCACAAAAUACAUUCUAUCUGUGGAUCUAUUUAAUUAAUACUGGUACUACCUUUAAAGGACAAAAUAAAAUCAUGUGAAAAACUAUAUUCACUGCUAAAGCAUGCAUCAGUGAUUUACCAUAACUCAGUUUACAACCACUCCCCUAGACUUAGCUAUUUGCACUUCUUAAAGUACACUACACACACAUACACACACACAUACAGAGAUCCAAAUAUAUAGGAAUUAACAGGUACACAAUGUAUGAUAUGUAUAUAUGUCUGAGGGUUGACAUGAGAUUCACGUGGUUACAUCACUUGCUAAUACAAUAUAAAUUAUUACAGAGAAGGGCCAAUAUAAUUUAUUCACAAGUCACUGACAAACUUAGAUUUAUCCCUGUUGCUAUCCAUCCAUAUACAUUUUACUUUGCCUUGGUUGUGUCAUGUCAGCACAAAUAAAGUUCUCGAAAGUAAA